AAUGAGGCAUACUGAAGGUUUUUGUGACCCUCUCCCUCAGAUGUCUAGUCAGAGAGCCACUGAAGAGAGUCCUUAAAAAUUGAAAUCUUCAUAGUUGAUGCCUUCUGGUGUGGGUGAGGGAAAGGUCUCAGCUAUCUUUAAAAGGCUAGCUACUGGGAGUUUGAGCAUGCUCCAGUGAGAAUGUGGACACACAAAUUGGACUUGAUGGGGUUUUUGAGGGAGGGGGCAAAGGCGGGAGGAUGAACCUGGGAGGAAUGAAAAUUGAGUAUGAUUAUUGUGUUAAAUUCCCAAAUAAUCAAUUAAAAUACUGUGAUGGAACAGAAGAUCUUUACUAUAAAUUUAUGAAUUCUCAGAACAUAAUUAGAUGAAAAUUGAGCACCCCUCAGUGACUCCCAGAAAGAGCUUUCUAUAUGAAAAGUACCACAGAAAUUGAAGAGUAGACUCAAGACUCUCAUGCUGUCUCCAGACCCAUGCUAAUUUAUUUUUUUAAAAAAAUGUUCAUUUCUGAUGAUGCAUUUGCCAAUGAUGAUACACGUCUGGUGACAUAGUGAUACAGAUUUCUGCUCUUUCUCCGUGUGUCUUCUAUCCGAAUAACAAGUAAAAUAAUUUGGAUGCAUAUUCUUGAUUCAAUCAACUUGGUAUUGUUACCUUGUUCAAAAUAGUUGCUAGUGGCUAAGCCUUAACUCUGAGGAAGAAGCUGAACAGACAGAUACAUUCUCCUCUGAAAAACUCAUAAAUCAUCAAGGCAUAUCUACUUUUAUUACAUAGCUCUGUCACUAAGAACUAAUCUGCCCUUCUUUUAAAAUUACUUUCAUCUAUUUUUUUCUACAUUCUGAAUUCAUCACUUGAUAAAAUGACAGUUUUAAAGAGAUCUUUCUUUAUGUUUAAAUUUUCAUUUAACCAUCAAUAAAUUGUUUAAACUAUUUCUUUUUUUCCUUUUGGUGUUGCAGGCCAUCAAUAUUUCUGAACUUUGGGUAUGUAAGAAAUAGAAUGCACUCUGCCCUACUCUCGUGCACUUGCUGAAAUCCUGGGCCCAAUGUGUUUGGAGACGGAGCCUUUAAGGAGGUAAUUAAGGCUAAUUGAAGUCCAUCUAAUAGGAUUGGUCUUGUAAGAAGAGGAAGAGGCACAAAAGACAGCAAGGACAGGGCAGGGACAAGGCUCUGUGAAGGCAGCCCUUGCAGACCAGAUAAACAUCAGAAGAAGCCACACCUACUGAUGGGUGAUCUUGAGCUGACAACCUUUGACACUCUGAAAACAUGAAGUUGCAUUAGGCAUCAAUGGCAGCCCAAGCCUGUUAACAGUUCAUCUCUGUGUUCCUUAGCUAUUUAGACACUCUAAGUGUCUAGAUGCUGGUCUCUUUAUACAUAAUAUUGCAAAUCCUUAUUUCCCCUCCUCUUCACUUGUUGCUUUUUGAAUUACAUACUUCCAGGUUUUUUGUUGUUGUUUUCUUUUUUGGGGUACUCCUUUUUUCCACAUUUUUCCUUUAUGGUCGCUUCUACAUUUGAAAUAUACUUAAGUAUUACAUUUAGGUACAGUUUUUUUUUUCCUUUUUUUCUUUGAAUCUUAUUCUUCUCAGUGUAAAACAAAAUAUAAAGGAUCAAUUUCUUCAAUUCAGCAAGCCAAUUAUCCCACUUAUUCAUUUUCCACCAUUUUGAAAUUUUUGUAGUACUCUAAAUACACCUAAAACUUCUAUUAUUGUUUUUUAUUCCCCAUUUUUAUUAAAUGACAUCAUUUAUUCAGUAAUUCAUUUUGGAGACUAUAUACCCUACUACAGUAAAACAUUUUUCAUCAACAGGCUGCUGUCUAGAGCUGGAUAGCCAGCUAGGGUGUCCUAGAUCCCAGUGACAGUAGACCUUGUCUCCCAAAACAGACUUGGCAUAGUGAGACAACUCACCUGAUAAUGACACCUGAUUCCAAGCCUGGGGACCUCAGUUCAAUCCCUGGGGUCUACCAAAAAGAAAAAAGAAAUUCCUCCAAUUUUAAGAGAUAUUUUAGUUGCCUAGAGUUGUAAAAUAUGCAUAUACACCUAUAUGCAUGUAUGGUGGAAAGUUCUUAAAUUAUAAAAGUAUAUAUUCUUAUCUAACAAUAAAUUUCAAACUAAACAAUUAUGUUGACCUAACCAUGGCCCAAACGAAAAGAUUAUCACCUGAUCUAGCUGAAUUAUGGAAUUUAAAGGUUUUUUUUUAAUUUGAGGAAAAAUCACAAAGAUUGUAGACUUUUUCAAGUUCCUAUAAGAAACUACUUCCUACAUCCCUCACCCGCCAAGUUUUUCUCCUCCCCAUUCUGUUAAUAAAAUUCUAGUAGUAAUCAGAUGAGCUGUCAUCACCAAGACCACAGCUUGGUGAUUAAGAAAAUGACUAGGGGUUGGGGAUUUAGCUCAGUGGUAGAGCGCUUGCCUAGCAAGCGCAAGUCCCUAGGUUCGGUCCUCAGCUCAGGUGUGAUGGUUUUGAAUCCCAGCACUCUAGAGGAGAGGAAGAAGGGGGUUGGGGGAAGAGGAAGAAAGGAGGAAAGAAAAGAGACGGUAGGGGUGGGGAGGAAAAUUACUAUGAGGGCAAGUUUAACUUUUUGUUUAAUGGCUGUCAAGAAAUGGGUAGAAACUUGGAUCUCUGCAAGUUUGAGAUCAGUCUGGCCAACGGGGUAAACUCCGUUACAUACUGAGACGCUGUCUCCAAAAGGGGAGGAAGAUGGAAUAGACAAGUACAUGACAGGCCUGUCACUACCCACGCUGAAUAUCCAGGCUCCAGACCAGAAUUACUCCAAGAAAUGUAGAAUUUGACACUUUCUACAGAUUGUAGCUAUGACAAACAGCUACCCCUCGUUUUCUCUGUUUUCCAAAUGCCAACGCUCUACAUACAUACAAUGGGCCUCUAGUAAUAAACAGACAGCAGUUCUGAAAAAAAAAUAUUAGCAUUGUCCUGCUAAUGUCCUGAAAAAUGGACUCGUGGAACCGGUGUCCAAACUCUGCUUGGCAAGAAGUAGUUUAUCUGAAGAGAAACUUCUCAUGAACCAAACAAGUACGUGCUGGUAAGAUCACCGGAGUCUCACAAAGAAGGAAGGCCGUCCCCGCACCGUAAAAAGCGGAUCACACACUGCGGAAAGGCUGAGCCCACGCCCCCACCUGAGGGAUGGGGGAGAAGUGGGGAGGGGGACGACGACUGGUCACAUGGAAGGCUCGUGCUCACUGACAGCAAGGCCAAGACAGCCCGCUAAGGUUCCUGCAGGCCAUGACGUAACUAUUUAGAACGUGUGCAGGCCUACUCCUCUGAAAGAAGACCCGGUCUCCACGCUGCAGCGGCGUCCACAGUGAGCAGCUCCGCCGCCUCCGUCCCGGCAUCCUCCGCGCUGAACAAGCAAGCGCGGUAGCCAAACGUCACUCCCUGCCGUCGACCCGGAGUUGCUAUGGCAACGCAGUUGCCCCAGCUAUGUCGCUGCAACCCGCCCCUGCAUCGCGGGUGUUCAUGGAACUGGUUCCCUGGGCUGACCCGGGCCGGGAAAACCACCAGAUCUCGGCCGUAGAAGCGCAGCCCGUCGGCUUCCGCCCCCACAAUGCGCAGGUCCACCCCGGAGCCCGGGAGGUCCACGUGAGCGGCGCGGCGGAGGUGUCCGCCAGCCCAGACCGGGCGCUGGUGACCGUGCGGGUGAGCAGCACCAAGGAGGUGGCGGCAGAGGCCAAGAAGAGUGUGUGUCGCCGCCUGGACUACAUCACACAGAGCCUCCAGCAGCAAGGUGUGCAGACAGAGAAUGUAACUGUGACAAAGGAUUUCAGAAGAGUAGACAAUGCUUACCACAUGGAAGCCGAGCUUCUUUGACCAAGUGGGCAGUGGUAUUCUGAUGUGCACUCCCAUGAGCGGCAUUCCUGUUUUUUGUCUGCCAGAAGCCUGUUACCAGCUGCUACUUGACUACAGUACCAAGAAAUUCUACCCCAGACACUUUAAGUCUAUGCCUUCUGCCUCAAGCUGCUCAACAAGGACACCUUCAAGGAGCAAACAGCACCUCUCACUGCCAGAGCUUCCUCAAGCUCUUCCAGGCUCACUUCCUCCCUCUGUCCAUUUUCCUAGCUGCUCCUGUGACCCUGGGACUGCCCAGGAUGAUGGGGCACAACCAACCUUGUCAUCUUGAAAGUGGAACCUUGUCAUCAUCAGGUGCUGACACAGGACAGGCCAGGAUGUGGGGUCUUCCCAGCUUCUUAGUACUCCAGAGCCUGAGGGCUCCCCUUCCUGUUUUGUAACUCUCCUGGGCUUCCCACUUUUCAUCAUCCCUAGGGGUGGAAACUGAAGCCCAGUCAGCUUCAUGUUUAUGCCCACAAGUGUCCUGGGUAGACCAGGCUAUGUCAGCAUCCCACAGUGGAGCCACUUAUACUCAUCGGUAACCAGUGGAGAGGGAUGGGAGAGCAGACAGGGUCAGCUGGAGGCCUUGACCCAUAUUUCUCCUAACACCAUUACCCUGAGAAUACUGGGGCACCUGACGUCUUCUAGACAAUGCCAGCAUAAACCCAUACAUUUGAGGCUGGGUCUGCACACAGGCCACAGAAGGCCCUUGGGUUUUCACCUUCCAUCUCCCAGAAUUUGAGUGACUGCCUUCCUUCCUCAUUGCCCCUUACACAUGCCUAGGGUUUACUGAGAAAGGACCUUGCAACACUGGUGUCUCAGCUGCUUUCUCCAUCUUUGGGAGGAUGUGAGGUGUGGAAUAUGCCCCAGGCCCCAACACUGCACUCAGAUAUGUACACCAAGGUUUGAAUUAGAUUGUAUUUCUUUAUACAUGGAUCUUAAAGACCUACCCUCUUUUGUUCUUAUAUUCUUGCCAGUGACCAUGGCUUUGCUAUGAGCAAGCUAUUUGUUUUUUUCUAAGCAUAAGCAAGUAAGUUGGGAAAAGCUCUUGAAUGCUAUAUUUUGCAACUUCUUCCUUAACUGCUCAGUCCAAGAAACUCUUGAUUAAAAGUGGUCUAAAGGGAUCUCUUUUGGACCUAGGAUUCUGAAUCUCAUCUGUCCUGCAAGGAAGGCAAAGAGGAAGUACCCUUUGUGGGGCUAGUUCCAGCGUGAUCAGGCCAUCAGGAAGCCUAUGGUCCCCCAUGAACAUUUUGGCAACAAUGAAACCCCCACAGGCCAGGCAGUGGUGGCUCAUGCCUUUGUUCCCAACUCGUGGGAGGCAAAACAGGCAGAUCUCCUGUGAAUUUGAGGCCAGCCUCAUCCUCAGAGUGAGUUCCAGGACAGCUGGGCUACACAGAGAAACCCUGUCUAAGAAAAGAAAGGAAGGAAGGAAGGAAGGAAGGAAGGAAGGAAGGAAGGAAGGAAGGAAGGAAGGGAGAGGGAGGGAGGGGAAGGAAGGAAAGAAGGAAGGAAAAAAGAAAGGAAAGAAAAGGAAAAAGAGAAACCUUGUCUUAGAAGGAAAGAAAGACAGGCAGACAAACAGACAAGAGAAACCCACAUUUUUUUUAGCUCCUCACUGCUUCUCUGGGAGUCACCCUUCUGCCUUCUCAUGAAAAUUGGUGUCUGAUAUUGACCCAGAAGACCAUAAAAGUCUCUGGUCUUGAUCGAUUGGGUAUAUCACUUCCUCAAACUUCCUGGAGACUGGCCAAAGGUGGGCCUCGUGCUGGGGCAGGGGUCUGGAAAGAAGACCUCAAGUAGGUGCAGGAGAGUACUCUACUAGGGUUUGGGGUGAAGUACAAGAUCUGCCAGGGCAACAGGAAGCUGAAAAGCUCCCGUUCCCAAGGAUAAAACAGGAGCAGCCAGCCCUGGGCUUUGAGUGAAAAGAAAGGUACUCUAGAAGGAUCUAUGUGCUGUAGGCAGAUGACCUAAGCCAUGCAUCAGCCUCCUGGCAGAGGCCCAGUGUGGUGAAGUUCCAGAGGAGGGUCAGCUUCACUUCUGUUCACUGUAGGACUGCUGGAAGGGGACACAUAGCUCAGUGGUGUCAGUGAAGUAUGACAUAUUCACUACCAAUCAGAAGUCUAAACUGAAUAAAUUAGACCAUGAUGUCAUAAACAGUAUCAGGAUUAGAAAUUAGCCAACUAAUAACCCUGAAAGGGAGAACCCUCCAAUUUUAGAAAAAAAUUAAAUGAAUAAAUUUUAAAAUGGUUUAAAAGAAUUUUAAGUAUAUAAGCUAAUAUCAGAUCGUUUUAAAUUUCAUAAUCAGAAGUUUAUAGCUCUAAACGUCAAAUUUUUUCUUAUCUGGUAUAUUUGUUACCUUAAAAUGACCUUAUAAUCUGGCUUUACUCCUUCCUUUCUAUUGUUUGUUUGUUUGUUUGAGACAGGGUCUUGCUAUGUAACCUUGACUGACCUAGAACUUACUUUGUAGACCAGGGAGGUCUACCUGACUCUGUCUCACAAGUGCUGAGAUUAAGGGCCUAUACCACCAUAGUAGCUUGGCUUUACUUUUUAUACUUAUAUUUAGACAAAAAUUUAAAACUACACGAGGCAUGAAAAUAACAUCAAAUGUCCUUCCACUGACAGGUCUGCAUUACAUUUACUGAAUUUGGAAAAAUGCAAAAUAUUUGUAACUUUCUGGUUGAAAAGCUGGAUAGCUCUGUUGUCAUCAGCCCACCUGAGUUCUAUCACACACCCGGUUCCGUUGAGAGUCUUCGGUAAGUUAAUGCAGCUUUACAGCAUUCAUUCUGAGCAGAUGUACUGACGUCAUACUGACCUUCACUCUCCCCUUAGGCGGCAGGCCUGUCUCGCUGCUGUUGAGAAUGCAUGGCGAAAAGCUCAAGAAGUCUGUGCCCUCGUUGGCCAAACUCUGGAAAGACCUUUACUAAUCAAGGAGGAGGAAACAAAAGACUGGGAAGGCCAAGCGGAUGAUCAUCAGUUGUCCAGCUUGCCAGGUUUUUUAACUAUACAACAGAAAAUCAAAAGUGCAACCAUCCAUGCAGCUUCAAAAGUGUUCAUUACUUACGAGGUGAAAGGAAAAGAGAGGAAAAAAAAGCAUCUGUAAAAUUCUAACUGAAACAUAAUGUAUUUGUACUUAUAAAUCUGUUUUUAUACAUUUUACAGCACUGCUUUUUGUCUCAAAUGUAACUGUUGUCUGGUACUGGUAAUCUGUAAGAUCUGCCACUUGUUGAACAUAUCCCUCAGAAUAUGUGUGAUCUCUUUCUAGUUCCCAGAACACCGUCGGAAAUAAAUGUAUUAAAGCAUACUUUUGUAUACUGAGAAUUUAUAUAUUGAAAAUAAAAUUAACAGAAAACCCA